AACUAAGUUCUGGAGUUGCUGUUCAUAACUCUACAGCUAUGGAUGCAAGAGCUCUGUUUCUCUUAGUAUGGAUGUUACUGUCGUCCACCUCCACUGGAAUCAAACUAGAUGGGAAUGGAUACGUUGAUAUUGUCAUUGCAAUCAGUUCAGCAGUACCAGAGGACAAGACACUCAUUGAUAAAAUAAAGGACAUGGUUACCGAAGGUUCGGAAUAUCUUUUUCAAGCAUUGGAUAAAAAAGUCUAUUUCAAGGAAGCUACAAUACUUGUUCCUCCCCAAUGGAAUAGUAAGGAUUAUAGCAAAUCGAGAACAGAAUCCUAUGAAAAGGCCAAAAUAAGAAUUGAUAAACAGAAUCCUGCAUAUGGUGAUGAUCCCUACACUAAUCAGUAUGGAGAAUGUGGAUCUGAAAGUCAGUACAUUCAUUUCACUCCAAACUUCCUCAUAAAUGACAAAUUCAUUCAGCCUUAUGGGUCAAGAGGAAGGGUCUUGGUGCAUGAAUGGGCUCAUUUGAGAUGGGGUGUGUAUGAUGAAUACAGUGAAGAAAAUCCAUUCUACCAUUUUUAUAGCCACUAUGAAGCUACAAGGUGUAGCAAAAACAUUGCAGGCCAGUUUAAGGAGAUCAUUGCAGGAUCCCCUCAAAAGUGCAGCAUUGAUCCACAAACUCGACUACCUACAAAGGGGUGCCAGUUUUUUCCUAACGAAAAGCAAAACACAAAUAGCUCCAUAAUGUUUUUACCAAGUCUGAAAUCUGUGAAUGCAUUUUGUAGAGAACAGGAGCACAAUAGUGUUGCCCCAAACAUGCAAAAUAAAAAAUGUAGCAACAAAGCGACAUGGACAGUAAUAUUUGAGGAUUCUGUGGACAGCGGCGCCCUUCAUUCUCUAAAACCCCUGCAAUCCCCUCCACCAGCACCAUCUUUCAAAGUUGUGCAGAGAAAGCAUCGGGUUGUUUGUCUUGUGCUUGAUGUCUCAGGAAGCAUGCAAGGCUCUAGAAUUCUUCGACAGCAGCAAGCUGCCACACAUUUCCUCCGGCACAUCAUUGAGGAUCAAGCCAAUGUGGGAAUUGUGACCUUUAGUGAUAAUGCUUAUACUCUUAGCAGCUUGACUGUUAUUGACAGUGAGACAACAAGAGAGAAGCUCAUUAAAAAUUUGCCAAGUACUGCAAAAGGUGGCACAUACAUCUGUAAAGGCCUCAAUGAAGGUUUAAAGGUACUUAAAGAAGACAAUGGGAAUGUAGUAGGAGAUGAAAUAAUUUUUCUGACAGAUGGUGAGGCGUCAGACAACAUUAAUGAUUGUGUUCCGUCUGCAAUACAAAGUGGUGCCAUCAUACAUACAAUAGCAUUUGGUAACAAGGCAGACAAGGCACUAAGGGUAAUGGCAGAUAGUACUGGGGGGAAAUUUAUCAUAGCCAGUGAUGAUCUUAUUUCUAAUCAGCUAGUGGAUGCCUUUUCUUCACUAACCAUACCAACUGGAGAUUACACAAAAGAACCAGUUCAGCUAGAGAGCAUUGGAAUACAAACAGCUGGCUGGUUUAAUGGAACAAUAUCUGUGGAUCAGACUGUUGGUACCAAAACCAGCUUUACAAUAAUCUAUGAAAAAAGUUUACCUACUGCUUAUGUGCAGUCACCAAGUGGUAUAAUCUACAAUCAAAUACAGAUGUUUCAAGAUGGUCUGGCAAAGACUUUAACUUUAAAAGUUACAGGAACUGCAGAGCCUGGAGACUGGAAGUACAGUAUUUUAAGUGGAACACUUCAGUCUUUGACUAUAACAGUAUCAAGUCAUGCAGCUCGUGCUGAUGUUCCCCCGGUCAUUGUCAAAGCCCACAUGAACCAGCAGUUCAGCGACGGCAGUAAACCCAUGAUAGUUUUUGCUGAGGUUAGUCAGAAUUACAGGCCUGUAAUAAAUGCGGAAGUGUGGGCGACACUGGAGUCUGAAUCUGGGACCACACAAACAUUACAACUCCUGGAUAAUGGAGCAGGAGCUGAUGCUUUCAAAGGUGAUGGUGUCUAUUCCAGAUAUUUCACAAAGUUACAAAACGGAAGAAGCAGCUUGAAAGUAAGGGUGAUGGAUCAAGAUGGGCAAGCCAAAUUUUCUCAGAAAAAAAAGGGUGGUGCCCUAUACGUACCUGGAUAUGAAGUGAAUGGUGUAGUGAAGCUGAACCCUCCAAAGCCUCCAGUUACUGAGCAGCUUACUUUUGUAGGACGAUUUACCAGAACAGCCACUGGAGAGAGUUUUGAAGUGUCUAUUAAAGGAACUCUUCCAAAUUUUCCUCCAAACAAAAUCACAGAUUUAAGUGCUGAAUUUCAAAAGGACACUGUGCUUCUCACCUGGACGGCUCCUGGUGCAGACCUUGACCAGGGGACAGCUAAUUCCUAUGAGAUCAGGUGGAGUGAUGGCUUUGAGAUGCUUCGAUUCAACUUCAGCAACGCUCAUCUAAUCAACACAUCCGCAGUCUCACCCCAGAAUGCUGGAUCAACUGAACAGCAUUCAUUCAUACUCAAUAUCACAUUCCAAAAUGACACUACACUUUUCUUUGCUAUUCGAUCUAACGACAAAGAAGCAGCAAAAUCUGAAAUAUCCAACAUUGCUCAAGCAUCAAAAUUCCACUCAAAGCCCCCAGAAACGGCAAAUCCAUUCCUAAUCUGGAUGGUUAUUGCAGUUUCUGUUAGUUUGGCAAUAGUGAUUAUUGUUAUUGUUGCUUUAACUACAUGGGCAGUGAGGCAAAGAAAACCUGCUGAUUCUUAAACUAUCUGAUAUUAACAUCUGAUACAAACAAAUCUAGAAAAUUAAUCAUUCUGCCACUUCUUUGAAAAUCUGAAAAACGGUUUUGUUACUUUUGAAGAUUUAUUAUAAGCUUGGCUUCUUUAUCUAUUAUGAAGUGAAUUUUAAAUACAAAUUAUAUACAUUUUAAUACAAUUUCAGUUAAGUUAAACUGAGUAUAAAUGUGUAAAAUGUAUGCUUGUUCAUCUAAACAAAGUCCAUAACCAUUUGUCAAACCUGAAAAAAUAACAUUUGGACCCUCUUGAUAUUAGCUGUCAUUAGCUACAAUUUACUUAAGCAUUUCAUACAAUGUACUUAUUAUGCACAUACGUAUUGUUGUAUUGUACUUACAUUUACAGUACCUACAUUUAAUUACAUCUGUAGUAACACUGUUAACCCUACACCUAACCCUAAACCUAACCCAAAUCUAAACCCUAACCUUAAACCUAUCAGUAGCAGCAAAUGUGAACCUUGUGAGAAUUUUGCAGAACAACAUGUAGUUACACACUAAAUACAUUGUAUUGUAUGUAUUUUAAUGUUAGUGCAUAGUAGUUAAAAACACCUAAUAUAAAGUGUGACCAAACAUUGUGCAUUCUUUUCAAGCCAGCAAACGUUUUGCAUCCAAAUCUGAUUCCUACCUUCUUUAUGACACAUAAGUUUGUUGAUUCCAAAUACAAUAGCAUUAUUUGGUUCACCUUUCAAGAUUUAAAUCAGUAAAUAAAUCCAUUCUCAUCCAUAUUCAA